AUGAACAAGUCUGCAUUUACAGAUGUCGUACAGGAGAGGAAAAGAGCUGCGAAUGAACUCAAGGACCAGGAUGAUCUGCUUAAGCAACAAAUUAAGCAUUUGAGCCCCAAGACCAGGAGGAAGGAGCUGAACAAAAUUUAUUGUAGGAAUCGGAGGCGGAACCAGAAGGAUUAUAUCUUAGGGCUUGAGAACAGGAUUGGUGACCUAGAAGCUGAAGUCGCUAAACUUCAGGAUAUAAUCCGUACCAAGAUACCUCUAUUCUCGAACCCUAGUAUGGUCACUUCUCGUACUGUGAAGACGAAGGAGUUCAAAUUGAUGGAGAAUGAUAAGUCUUUAAAGGUGAUCGACGACCUAAAAGAGGUAGACGAAAGUGAGAAAAUACAGUCUUCACUCAACAAGAUUAAUAAGUCAUGAGGAACAGGGAGUGACCCACGUAAGAACAUCAUCAACUCUGCCAUCAGGGAUAUCAUUAAUAACAUGGUGUCCUCCCGUACCAGGGUCUUGCUCCGAAUGAUUGACAAAGGUACCAAUGCAUCAAUGGAUGAUUAUAAACGUCUGUUCGUGAUGAAUAUAAAUGACUUUGAAAAUGAGAUGAAGAACUCGAAAUACGGUGAUAUGAAUACAAACAUAAGUUCCAAGAGUUAGCACAUGACCUCAUCAAGCUACGAAAUAAGAUAUUCAACACUCAGAUGGAAUGGAAGAAGAUCGAUAACCCUAAGAAAGCAGGUCUGGAGCCAAGGAAUGUUGCUAAAUUUCUGGAAUACAGCAAAUCUUUAGAAGACAAAGAUGAUUAUAGCAUUUAUAAAUUAUUUAAAAUUGGUAGAAAAAUACCAGCCAGUAAGAAAGUCUACUAUGACUCUACAGAGAUGACAGAUAUGUAUCGCAAAGAGGAAAUCGAGCUUACUGAUUCUGACAUGGAAGGAGAUUCCAAGCUUUACAAUACAGAUAUUGUUUCUAACUAAGGUAAUUCUGCCUGUAGUAAAUCUAUAAAUUAGAAAAUUCA